AUGUGCGAUCUGAGAUAUGAGUUUUUGUUGUGCAAUGCAUGCAGUCUGAGAUAUGUUUUAUUGUUGCGCAAUGCAACGAAGACCUGGAGCUGGGAUGUAUAUAUAAAAAGCAUCAAAAAAGUCAAAAUCGCAAGAAAAACACACGGCCUACCGGGGGUCGUGGUCCAACUAGAAGGCACAGAGGGAGGGCCUUCACCUUGGCAGGUUUCGGAUUUCAGCCUGUUGUGCCGUGCCGUUUGGACAUCUCGGACACCUCAGGUGGCUGGUGUGAGUGCGUGGCUUGCAGAUGCUUUGCCUCAAGUAGCUGAAGCUGUCCCAGGGGGGAGUGGCAACAUGGGACACUAUGAAAAAACAUGA